AUGAAAGAUCCGGUCUCCUUGUCUGCUAUGGAGAAUGAACCACCGGGUCUGGGACCCAUGAGACCGUCGGCUCUUGAGAAGUCGCUGGCUAGACUCAGGUUGUCUCAGUCACAGGCCCCCUAUCUCUGCAUCCAAUGCCGGACCAUGGACUUUGAGGCAGCACUGGAUGUCGUAGCCCGCGAACACCAAGGCGGUCCAGGCGGGAUGCUAUUGGCAGAGAGGGUGGGCCUCGACGCCAAAUGUGCCUUGUGCCAACUCCUGGCCAACGUUCGCAACAUGUUGAUGCAUUCAAGUGUGGAAAUGAUGUUUCGACCGAUCCCGAUAGCUGUUCUGCACGCCGGUGAGGGAGUGAGAGACUAUAUAAAGCACAUGGAUGAGGAGGAACGUGAGGACACAGGAUUCUUGGUUUUUGUGCGGACCAAGGACUUGAAAGACUUGCUACUGGGUCAAUACGAUCUUGGAUCAGAAGAUGAUCAGAUUGAGGAUUACCAAGAUGAGGAAAGUGAGUGGGUGGAUGAGGAGUGGGAUGAGGACGAGCGCAGUGACGAGGAUGAUGAGUUGUCGAGCUGCGAAGAAGAUGAUAAUGAAUCCGCAUCGGAAGAUGAGUACGAGGUUGGACUAAUGAUCCAGACCAGGUUCAUUAAUGCAAAAUAUGAUCCAAGUUUGGCCAGAAGGUGGAUCGAUCUGUGCAGUGGCGAUUCCGGCGACUGCUCAGAUGAUGGUGAUAUUACUGAUGACGGUAGCAAUAACGGUGUUCACAGCCGCGAAUGUGAGGAAGCAGAGGGAAACGCCGACAUAGAUGGUAUGAUGGUCAUUGACUGCAUGACGUUGGAAGUCGUUUCUCGAACAUCGGUUAUGCGUUAUGUGACGCUCAGCUAUGUGUGGAGCCUGGCACAUGAAGAUAUGGUUUCCCUGGACGCUCAAGAACUGGCAGAUUUCUCGUCGAGUGGAACACAGCCAAGUCACUCGGAUAAUGUGGCCUUCGACCUUUCGCCACACAGCGCUGCAGUUUCUUCAAGCAACCGGAAGCUGCCAACGGUUGUGCCCAGGGUUGUGCAUAAUGCGAUUCAGGUGACGAGCGAUCUUGGGUAUCGUUAUCUCUGGGUCGAUCAGUUCUGCAUUGACCAGGCUGCACCUGAUGAGCAGAAAGCGGAGCACAUCUCGAAGAUGGAUCUUAUUUACUCCAUGGCCGAAGUCACGAUUAUUGCAGCAAGCUCGAGUGGAGCUCUACCUGGAGUCGGGAGCACGCCUAGAGUUCAACAGACUGUAUUGAAUCUUGGGAUUCCAGACGAGAAGCUCGAUGAUCUGGACAGUGGAAUCACAGUGUUCACGACACCGCCCCCGCUGCAACAGAUGAUUAGCAAGCAAGUCUGGUUUGGCAGAGGCUGGUGUUUUCAGGAGGAACUACUCUCCCGGCGACGUUUAUACUUUACAGAUCACCAGAUGAUGUUCCAGGGGGAACAGUUGUGCUGCUCUGAAACAUAUCCCGACCCACACACAGUUACCGACAAUAUGUUUGGUGAUGUAUUCGACGAUAAACCCUCUCUGACGUGGCCAGAAUCAUGGGACGCUAUGCUAGAAAAGACAGGACAUAAAUGCGAGUUCGACCAUGACGACCCACGGGGACGUUUCUGGACCGAGGUCUACCUUGUAUUUCAGCUCCUUCAGGUCUAUACUGGGAAGAAUCUCACCUAUGGGGAGGACUCCAUCAACGGCUUUCUCGGCGCUUUGAAAGUUUUGGAAGCAAAUGAUCCCCAUUUCAAAACAAUUGCAGGUAUUCCUCUUUUUAUACACCCAGAGGUCGUCCGAGAUAAGCGGAGUGCCAGGCAAACGGACUUUACCAGAUUCCAUCAUCGAGCAUUGGCCCAGGCCCUCAGUUGGAGGCAUGUGUUUGCUGCAAAACGACGACCACAGUUUCCAUCUUGGAGUUGGGCAGGCUGGGAAGGGAAGAUUGAGUUGAAUGAGUCUUCUUCUGAACGAAGCUCAGACAUCACAUCAUACUUUAACGUAUUCGGUGUCGAGACUUGCGAGGGACGAAUGCUAGACUUAACUCAAGUGAUUUCAAGCCACCUACCAAGUUUCUUGGUAGGAGAAUGCUUCAUGGUCGACCGCUAUGAGUUCCUCUUCUAUCAUGAAUGGAUCAACGUUGCGCCCAAUGAACGUUUGGGAUUAGGAGUUUCAUGGCAUGCGAGGUCUUUAUAUCCAGGGUCAAUUCUGGGUUCACAGGCCGAGUCAGAACGACACAUGGCAAGGUUGAUCGAGCGCGGUGACUGGGCAUGUCUCCUGCUCCACUAUAGCCUCGACGAGAAAGGACCGAAAUACGUGAAUCUUCUCGUCGUCAAGUGGCACAGUGAGGGGCACCAGCAUCAUCACUUUGGUCAUUCCUUCAGAGCGUGUUCUCGCGUCGGAUAUUUGAAUCUGUUUUACGGGAUAUCGGAUGCAGACAUGCAGCAGCGUGUCAACCCGUUCGACAGCAGCCCACGGGUAAGAAUCAGGUUGGGUUAA